UUCAAAUUUUGGUCUUCAGCUCCACUAUGGCCAGUCUAACUUUCUCUCUGUGUCUGCUGUUGGCUACAGCUCUGGCUGUGUGCGCCGAGCAGGAGCGAUUUGAUGGCUUCCAGCUUCUGUUUGUGUACUCCCGUAACUUAGACGACGUCAAAUUUCUGCACCAGAUCGGAGAGGAUUACGUUGAUAUCGACUUCUGGAGGGAGGCUACCCCCGAGAACAACGCCACCAUCAUGGUCCCUCCCACCCUACUGAACGUAUUCAAGUACAAACUUGACCAGCAGGGGAUCAGCUACACCAUCAUGGUCAACGAUGUCCAGAAAAUCGUGGAGGCCGGCUCAGCCCGUACACCAGACGAGGAAGUGGCCAGAAAGCGCGAGCUGACAGGUGCUAAAGUUGACCACUACAACUACCACACCUACAACCAGAUUGUCAACUAUCUGAAUGAACUGAAAAACGCCUACCCUGCUCGCAUCCAGCUAUCCAACCUCAACUACAUCACAUACGAAGGAAGAAUCGUCUAUCUCGUCAAGAUGACCGGCUCCGCUGGAUCCAACAAGCCAGCCAUCAUUGUGGAGACAGGCAUCCACGCCAGAGAGUGGAUCACCCCCGCCACAUCUCUGUGGGUCAUGGAGAAGCUCGCUAGAGACUACAAUGCUAAUGACGCCAACGCUAGAAUGAUGCUGGACAAAUACGAUUGGUACUUCAUCCCAGUCACCAAUCCUGAUGGCUAUGAUCACACACACUCUACCAACCGCAUGUGGAGAAAGAACAAACGUUACAUCAGCGCCAGAUGUACUGGCAUCGAUCUAAACAGAAACUUUGACGCCAUGUGGGGAACUACCGGCAUCUCCACCAACUGUGCCAGCGACAUCUACCCCGGCACCGGACCUUUCUCCGAGCCAGAGACCGCCAACAUCAGAGACCUCUUCGAGAGCAUCUACUCCAACGUCGUCGCCUACUUGUCCGUGCACUCUUACUCUCAGUUCCUCCUGGUCCCAUGGGGUUACACUGAGUACGUGUCUCGUCCAGCAAACGCCGCUGAACUGGACCGCGUCACACUUAAAAUGUUGCAGACUCUGAUUGCCACACAUGGAACACAAUACUACCACGGCACUGCAUGGCAACUCCUCAACUACGCAGCCAGCGGGGCAGCCGAGGACUGGGCCCUGACCAGAAAAGCUGGCCUCUACGGCAUGUGCUACGAGCUGAGGCCACGCUACGACGACCCACGUGGUUUCAUCCUUCCAGCCAAUGAGAUCAUCGGCACCGCUGAGGAGUUCUACGCCAGUAUCGUCGUCAUGGCAGCCGAGAUGAGAGUUUAAGACAUCAAAAACUCUAUCAAUAAAUCAUCAAAAAUGUUGUUGGCUUGUUUAGUGUGUUACAAUUGUUGUAAAAGCAUGAAAUUUUAAAUGAAAUAAAAAUAUUUUUGCUCCA